ACUAAAGUUUUUUGUUAUAAAGUUUUAUAUAAAAGGGAUCAAUAAAAUCACAUCAGAAUGUCUUAUAUGUUAGCACAUCUCCACAAUGGGUGGCAAGUAGAUCAAGCAAUUUUAUCAGAAGAAGACCGUGUUGUUGUUAUACGAUUUGGACAUGAUUGGGAUCCUAUGUGUAUGAAAAUGGAUGAAGUAUUGUAUAAUAUUGCAGAAAAAGUUAAAAAUUUUGCUGUUAUCUACUUAGUUGAUAUUACUGAAGUACCUGACUUUAAUAAAAUGUAUGAGUUGUAUGAUCCUUGUACAGUCAUGUUCUUUUUCAGAAAUAAACAUAUAAUGAUUGAUUUGGGCACAGGAAACAAUAACAAGAUUAAUUGGACUUUGGAAGAUAAGCAAGAAAUGAUUGACAUUAUUGAAACCGUUUACCGAGGAGCCAGGAAGGGUAGAGGUUUAGUAGUAUCUCCAAAAGAUUAUUCUACUAAAUACCGUUAUUAAAUCACCAUAUUGUGUACGUUAUUAGUCUUAUAACAGUACAUAAUAAUUUAAAUUGUUUUAUAUUAAAACUAAAUCCUAAGCAACUUUUUUGAUUAAAAAUGAAAAUGAAACUGUUGUAUAUAAGGUGUCUUGAUUAUAUGAAAUUAUUGUAAGACUAUUUAUUUAAUUUUUUCACAUAAUAUAUUUGUUUUUCAUGUAAAUGUAUACACUUUUCUGUAAAUUUAAUACCAAUUAAACAUCUAAUGAAGUACUUGAUCAACAAAAAACAUCAGAUUCUUAUGAAUAAU